CCUCCGAGAGACUGACAGGGGAAAUGGUCGGAGGUCUGGCAGGAGAACCGGCCAGGGAACUGGCAGGGGUAGGGGCCAUGGCUGGCAGAUAAGGGGGCAGAAGGUCAAAAAGGAGGAAGUCUGCUUCUGGAAAAUUGUUAAGCUAAUUGCUGACUGAAACAUGGCUUCCUACCAAGACAGCUGCCUUCUGAGGCCCAAAUAGGACACAAAUGUCGACUAUCCUAUCCAACCUUCCUCUGUCCAGUCCAUCUUCAGCCUCUCUCAGGCCCAGCAUAGCAUCUCUUUCUUCUUCAUGGAAGACUCCUCACUUCAGGCUCACUGCUUCAGCAAGUGGCAACUGUAAGCAGAAUUGAGCUGGAAGACUGGAAAUCGGAAGAAGAAGAGUUACAAUGUCAGCAAGAUUGAAGCCCAGACCCCAUGAUCUGAGACUUUGGCCUCAGCAGUGCAUUUGUUGUCAAUGCUCAUCUGCCUGGAGCCUCUCUUCCUGCCCAUGUCCAGCCCUGAGCAACCAACACUUCUAAUCUGCUCUAUAGACCACGUCCAUUCUGGAGAUGAUGGGCACCUCCUAGCCAUGAGGCUGGCACGAAUGAGGCUGGCCUUCGGUUGGGCAGCUGUCAUAUUGGUUCUACAGAUGGCAGGCACAGAACCUGCCGUGAGGACUCCACAUGACAAAUCUGGAGUAUUUGCAGACCUGAGCCCCCAGGAGAUAAAGACUGUGCGCAGCUUCCUGAUGAACAGGAAGGAGCUGGGGCUGCAGCCGUCCAAGAAGCUGACUUUGGCCAAGAACUCCGUGUUUCUCAUUGAGAUGCUCAUGCCCAAGAAGAUGCAUGUGCUGAAAUUCCUGAACACUGGAAGAAAAAGGCCCAUCCGGGAAGCCAGAGCCAUCAUCUUCUUCGGUGCCCAGGAGCACCCCAAUGUCACUGAGUUUGCUGUGGGGCCCCUGCCACAGCCCCACUACAUUCGAGCACUCUGCCCCAGGCCAGGCCACCAUCUAUCCUGGUCAUCCCGACCCAUCUCCAAAGCAGAGUACGACCUCCUCUACCACAUGCUGAAGAACACCACCAAGCCCCUGCACCAGUUUUUCCUCGACACCACUGGCUUCUCAUUCCUGGGCUGUGACACCCGGUGCUUGACUUUUACCGACGUUGCCCCCCGUGGAGUGGAGUCCGGUCAGCGUAGGAGCUGGCUCAUCAUGCAGCGCUACAUGGAAGGCUACUUCCUGCACCCCACAGGGCUGGAGAUCCUUGUGGAUCACGGGAGCACAGACGUCCAGGACUGGAGAGUCCUGCAGCUCUGGUAUAACGGCAAGUUCUACAACAGCCCAGAGGAACUGGCUCAGAAAUACGCGGAUGGAGAAGUGGACACGGUGGUCCUGGAGGACCUGCUGCCUGAAGGGACAGAGCAGCCUCCACUCUUCUCCUCCUACAAGCCCCGGGGGGAAUUCCUCACACCCAUCUCUGUGGCUGGCCCCCACGUGGUCCAGCCCAGCGGCCCCCGAUACAAGCUGGAGGGCAACAGCGUGCUCUACGGGGGCUGGAGCUUCUCUUACCGGCUCAGAUCCUCUUCUGGGCUGCAGAUCUUUAACAUGCUCUUUGGGGGUGAGCGCAUUGCCUACGAGGUCAGUGUGCAAGAGGCGGUGGCGCUCUACGGAGGACACACACCCGCAGGCAUGCAGACUAAGUAUAUUGAUGUUGGCUGGGGCCUGGGCAGUGUCACUCACGAGUUGGCCCCUGGCAUCGACUGUCCAGAGACCGCCACCUUCCUAGAUGCCUUCCACUAUUAUGACAGUGACAGUCCUGUCCAUUAUCCACGUGCUCUCUGCCUCUUUGAAAUGCCCACCGGGGUGCCCCUUAGGCGCCACUUUGACUCAAACUUCAAGGGCGGCUUCAACUUCUAUGCGGGUUUGAAGGGCUAUGUGCUGGUGCUACGGACUACAUCAACAGUCUACAAUUAUGAUUAUAUCUGGGAUUUCAUCUUCUACCCUAAUGGUGUGAUGGAGACCAAGAUUCACGCCACUGGCUAUGUCCAUGCAACCUUCUACACCCCUCAGGGUCUGCGCCAUGGCACUCGCCUACAUACCCACCUGCUUGGCAACAUUCACACUCACCUAGUACACUACCGUGUUGACCUGGAUGUGACAGGCACCAAGAACAGCUUCCAGACACUGAAGACAAAGCUGGAAAACAUCACGAAUCCCUGGAGCCCAAGUCACUCCCUGGUCCAGCCCACACUCGAGCAGACCCAGUACUUGCGGGAGCGCCAGGCUGCUUUCCGCUUUGGACAGACUCUGCCCAAGUACCUGCUCUUUAGCAGCCCCCAAAAGAACCGCUGGGGCCACAGGCGCAGCUACCGCCUGCAGAUACACUCUAUGGCUGAGCAGGUGCUGCCACCAGGCUGGCAGGAGGAGCGGGCUGUCACUUGGGCCAGGUACCCCCUGGCAGUGACAAAGUAUCGGGAAUCCGAGCGCUACAGCAGCAGCAUCUACAACCAGAAUGACCCAUGGGACCCCCCUGUGGUCUUCGAGGAGUUCCUUCAGAACAAUGAGAACAUUGAAGAGGAGGAUUUGGUGGCCUGGGUGACAGUGGGCUUCCUGCACAUCCCCCACUCAGAGGAUGUCCCCAACACAGCCACACCUGGGAACUCUGUGGGCUUCCUGAUCCGGCCUUUCAACUUCUUCCCGAAGGACCCAUCCCUGGCGUCUAGAGACACUGUGAUAGUGUGGCCCCAGGACAAAGGCCUCAACCAUGUCCAGCGCUGGAUCCCUGAGGCCAGGGACUGCUUGACGUCUCCUCCUUUCAGCUACAAUGGGACCUACAGGCCUGUGUGAUGGUUCUGACCCAGCCUCUGCUGAAUAGCCUCAGAGCCCCACAAAGACAGGCAAUAUACCCUUCUGCUUCUACCCUGUAUGUUGCCUUUUUGGCAGCAGGCAAGGGCUGACCAUGGGCUCUACUCAUGUUUCAGAACUAUACCUGCCAAAGACUUCCAUGACCCAAGCAAGGGAAGGAUGCUAGGAUUCUCUUCAGGUGGGCUGUGGGUCUUUCAGGUUUUUGUUUUGUUUUGUUUUUUAACAUUGGAGGCUUUUAUCUUCCUAUCAGGAGGCUUCAGGGAAACUGUUUCACCUCAGUGAUGAGCAUACAUAAGGAAACUGUUGUAUGAAAAUCUAAUAAAAUGACACCUUCACCAUUUA